AUGUUCAACAAGCUAAAACUGAAAAAACUGCCUUUAUCACUUAACUCGGUAAGUAAUGCUAUCAAGAACUCCAGCUCUUCCAACAUAUCGCCCGACUUGAACCCUAAGGACCUUCAAAUCGACAACUUGAUCCAGUACGGGUUAAAGGAUCACCUGAUCUUGGCGGUGGCUUACGACCCAGUUCAAAGUCUACUUGCGAUAUCCACCUCAAACAACGAAAUUCGUGUCAUAGGACAAAGCACAGUCGAAGUGGUAUUUGAACUCAACUCUUCCAGUCCUAUCAUCGACUUGAGAUUCAUCAAAGGCAUAUACUUGGUGGCAGUUCUGGCUACUUCCACCAUAACAAUCUUCUCCUUGUACUCCAAACAAAUAUUAACCAAUUAUCUGCCUCCCGGCUCGAUCAGCAGCGUCACGCUGGAUCCGGGCUUGGAUUGGAUUGUAAUUGGAUUGACUAACGGCAGUUUUGUGUUCUACGACGUUGACCGCUUGAACCUUUCUCCAUUAAGAGUCGAUAACUUGCAGAAGAAGGUUUUGCCCAAAGAAAAGCUUUCUCCGGUGCUACACAUCGAGUGGCAUCCCAGAGAUAUAGGUGUUUUGUUGCUCACUUACUCACACUGUGCUGUGUUGUACUCCAUCGCCAGUGGGGACGUAAAACAAGUAUUUAUCUACAAUUUACCCAAAGGUGCAAGAGGAUUCGACUGGGCUUUGAAUGUUGCAAACAGUGGGAAGAAAAAGCUUUUCAGCAGUCCUAAGGAAGUGGUUCUGGAGGUGGUGGAGUCCCAUUUCCACCCCAAUGGUCUCCACAUCGUUACGGUCCAUGCCGACAAUUCCAUGGUGUUCUGGGAUGCCAAUUCAGGCACUUUGCUUGAAGCAAGAAGCAUUUAUGAAAUAAACCUCCACAAGCCGGGAGCUCCAGUGCAAGCACCUCAGCAUUUCUUACCGAUCCAGUCGGUCAGAUGGGUUUGUGGAUCCGAUCCCGAGUUGACCAAGCUCUUGAUCUGUGGAGGUGAUAGUGACCAUCCAGACCGAGUUUAUAUUCUUGAUUUUGGACUCACGUUAAAAUACUCAAUGACAUCGCAUGACAAACAAGGGGACUUCUACAGCAAACCUCAGAAUGGCCAGAAGAUGAUGGCUAUCAACUUCUACCAAAACAACACCGGAAAAGCCGAGUUCUUGGAUAAGAUAGUCCCAUUGCCCCAGUUGGGGUGUCCCUACUUCAAUGGUGGGCACAAUCCUGGUUAUAUAUUAUUGAAGUCCAACCUCAACAACAUCUAUUUGUCUGUGUUUGGUGAAUUGAUGAUCAACAACGAUAACACCGACUUGGGCAAGUUGUUACUUCCUCCCACCAUUGCGUUUGUCCAUCCUCCUGUUACUUACAGUAAAGUCGAGCUCAUCAAGAGAAUCGACUGGUACGGGGUUCAGUCGAGUCGGAUAUCUACUGGUGUCAAGGCCAAAACCGAGUUGCUCUUACAAGGAGGAGCUGCUAUCAACGAGAACAUCAUUAGAUCCAUCGGACAUAAUGAUCAUUACCGUAAGGUUUUGGUCACGGGUAAUGAAGGAGGAAUUGUGCGGUUGUUGGAUAUCACUAGAGGUGAAGUGGAAGAACAAGAAGGGUUGAUCCAGAUCAGCUUAAAGGAAACUUUGGUUGCCAACAGGUACGAAGACUUGAGCAUAUCGAGUGUUUCCUGUGCAUUUGAGAGUAGGGAUUUGGUUGUCGGUUUGGGAAAUGGAAAUGUAGUGUUGUGCAAAUUCGGAAAGAUCAACCCCAGCAGAAAGCCUUUGUCUCCAGAUUACUCUGGAUGUCCAGUUCAACAUGCUAAUGAGAAUGCUAAGAUCAUCAACAUCUCGGAAAGAAUUAGAGGCACUUUUGCAGACUCAUCAACCUUUCUACCAAUGAACUUGAUGGCCCUUGACCAGCCCGACGAAAUCACCAGCCUCAAGGCUUGUGGGAUUGGCUUUUGUGCGGUUGGGUAUAAAUCCGGAAGAUUGGUGGUGUGUGACAUUGGAAGAGGUCCAGCCAUCAUUUACAAUAUGGAGUCUAUUGCCAAAUUGGUACCAACCGCAUCUGCUGGCUGCUAUGCCACCUCCAUGGAGUUCUCCAUCAUGGAGUAUGCUCAGGAAGGAUAUUCGUCCAUUUUGUUGAUUGUCGGAACCAACGAAGGAGGAAACUUGUUGUACUUCAAGAUCUUGCCUCAGGCAAAUGGAGGGUUCGAGGUGAUGCUUGCUGACAAGACGAUGAAAUUGAACUACAGAUCGUCAGAAGACAGUUGCAUUAAAGAAAUCAUUCCCAUCAGUAGCAAAGGAGCUUCUACCGUGCCCACUCUAGAUGUGUUCAACAAGUUGAGUCAAGGCAUUUUGAUUCCAGGAUAUUUGAUUCUAGCUUCUGACAAAGAUAUUCGGGUUUUGAAACCACCAAAGCAAAAGUUGGCUCACAAGGUUAUCGAAGAGCAUUGCUGUAGCGCCGGGGUGGUUGAUAUUGGUGCUAAAGGAGUGAUUUUGGCAUCGGUGUUGAGAACCGGUUUUAUCAAGUUGAGCAACUUGCCGGCAUUGGCAGAUAUCACCGACUAUAAGCUCUCCAAGGACCUUGUUAAGUCGUAUGACUUGAACUCGAUCUCCAAAUCCAACGUGUUGAGAACUGGAGAUCUCUACGUACGUACUGGAGAAUCCGAGUUCAUCAACUUGGCCUUAUCGAUAAAGGAUCCUAGACGCAAAAACAAGGAUACCACCGAUUUGUUGUUCAACGAAAACAGCGUUAUUCCGCCCAAACCAAGUGUCAGCGCAUUGCAAUGGGCCAAGGGAGCAUCUACCGUCAUCUCGGUACCUGACUUGAAUGCAUUGAUUGGAGGACCCAACCGGAAACCUGCCAAACACCCAGAGAGUCAAAUGGCCUUCAAUAUCAGUCCAGAAAACAACCAGACGGCUGGCUACGGUAACACCUACGGCGGUGUUGAAAGAAGCGAUGAUGGUCGUGGUUACAAGGAACCUGUGAGGAAAGAUGGCACCACCAGGAACUUUGGACUGACCGGGUUCAUGAAGAGUCUACAAACAGGGGUUGAGCAGAUGGAAGAGAGCCUCAAUGGAUAUGCCAAUUCCAUGAGUGAAACCAUGAAUGAGUCUCUUGAAAGUCAAAAACGGCUGAUGUACUCAUCGGCCUUCAAGAGCAAGUUUGGUUUUUAG